AUGGAAAAACAUUUCAUGUUGACUUUUGAUGUUGAUGAGGAGGAGGAGGCUGUAUCUAUGGAUAACGUAGAGUUUAUAAUGUUACGCAACAAUUAUGGGAUGACAGCUUUGCACGAAGCUGUUUUGAGCAAGGAUUCUUCUGUGGUUUGUUUCCUUCUAUCUGUAGAUAAGCAAAGUGAUAUUACCACCUAUUGCACAUGGAACUACGAUUAUGGUUGUAAAUCGCCAAUGUAUUUGGCAGCCCCAACAAGCGUUAGGGAAGUUCUUCAUCCUCUCUUGGACAUUCCAAUCCCCUCAGGCAAGGAUAUUUCAAAUGGUGACUCUCCACUUCAUGCUGCCUUUCUAGCAGAUGCAAUUUUAGAAGAUGUUGGUGUGUCCUUGAAGGCAAAUAUGCUGGCCAUACAACGUAUAACAUCCACCAAUAAAGAAUGGAAUGUGAAGGACGCAGCCAACACACUCAUAUUUGUGGUCAUACUCAUAGCCACAGUGACAUUUACGGCUGGUUUCACAAUACCAGGUGGGUUCUACUCAUCGGAUGGUCCAAUCCCAAAACAAAGGGGCUUGGCACUUCUGGCCGAUCAAACACUGUUCAAAAUAUUCAUGGCUUUCAAUACUAUUGCUAUGAACAGUUCCACCAUUGGUUCUGUGAUUCUUCUAUGGGUUCCGCUGGGUGAUCUUCGUUUUGCGCAAGGAGUAUAUGGACUUCCUAAGAUCUUUGUUUAUGUGGCUCUUAUAGCGAUGCCCGUUGCGUUUCUAGCUGCUGUACGUUUGAUUGUGAGCAAUAACACUUUGCUUGCAGAUUUUAUCAUUGUCAUUGGAUUCAUUUCCAUUUUCUUCAUCAUAUUUGUUCGUAUGUUGGGAUUCUGUCCACUUAGAAAUCGGCGUCCCGUAUUUCGUCAAAUUGCCGGCUUACUUAUUAGGAUCAUUAUUGUUUUGUUCUAUGGAUGGAGUGAUAUUGUUGAUCAAGCAGUUGGUGAAGUUGAUGUUGCAAGAAAUGAAUUCGGCCUAGAUGGAAUUGACAUCUAUCCUGAUGACCAUAUACCCAAUAAUUUUUCACAUACAGAUGGCAAUGUUCAAGUGUUGCCCAUGCUUUUAGUUCCAUGA